AUGGGCAGUUCCAGUUUCAUAUACGUUGGUAUGGAACGUUUUGAAACAUGUUUCUGCGAUGUACCUACAGACCAGCUUCAGUCUGUGGGCAAUGAAGACUGCAUGGGUGGAGAUAGCUUCCUUACUGUUUACAGAAUAGACGUCACAGCGGUAGUCAGAGGUGAUCCCCACAUGAAGACAUUCGACGGACGUCGAUACAGCUAUCAAGGCCUGUGUUGGCACACUCUAUUCAAAGACUGUUCCGAAAAUGAUGCUGCGUUUGAGGUUACUGCAAAAUUUGAACCUACAGUUGACCGCACAAAAACUAGAACUGUUUCCGUCAACGUAACAGUUGGGAACGAGUACGCGAUUGUAGAUCAACUCAACGUAAUAACAGGGCAGACCACGGGUUUUGUUUCAGAACCGAGAAGAAUACAGGUACAAGAAGAUGGCAAAACGAUUAGUUUCAUCUUCAAGUCCAAAGACACUACAUUCACAUUGAACUGGACAUUGCUCAGACACGUGUUUGAAGUCUCUUUCGAGGGUUCUGACUACAAUGGUAGAAUGUGUGGACUUCUGGGUAAUGCCGAUGGCGAAGGAAGUAACGACUUUGUGAAACCAGACGGUACUAUUGUAUCUGAUGUCGAUGAGUUUGGAAAAAGUUGGAAGGUGUAUGGAAAGACGUGUGAUUAAAAUUGUCGUUUAAGAGGAGCGAAAUGUAUGGAACGGCUAUAAUUACCCCCCCCCCCCCAACGAUUAACGUAAUACUUCUGUUGCAAUGGUUGAACGCGUAAUGUAUUCAUAGUUUGGUAGAUUGCAUGAGAUUGUAACUUC